CACUUUGCUGAUAUAACUGAUGAUCAAUUUGACUUUCAUACAUAUUGUUUGCGUAAAGUCACUCUUCGUGCAUAUUUCAGUAUUUUACGUUUGGAGGAUCAAUUACGUUCUCAUCCUUAUUACUUUCAUUCUGCACAAAAUGCUAUAAAGAUAUAUCUUAAAUUAUAUGAUAGCCCAAACAUUGCCUCUUCUAGUGACAAUAAUAUUGACUAUGGUGAAAUCAAAAAAGCAAAGAAUAAGGCCAAAAAAGCCGCAAUAAAAGCACAACAGGAAGCUGAAACAAAAAAAGCCCUGGCAAAAGAAGAACAAAGCAAAAAAAAGAUUGAGAAACCACAAGAUGAUGAUCCAGAGGGUGUGAAGUUUCUUAAGACUGAAAAUCCCUUAGGAGAAGCCUUCAAAUUCCUUAUACCAUUACAAGAACUAUCACAAAAAAGGAUAGAGACACAUUUAUUGGCAUUUGAAAUUUAUAUAAGAAAAGAUAAAUACUUGUUAGCUUUAAGAUCUCUUAUACGAGCACAUAAUAUUGAUAAGGAAAAUUCUUAUUUGCAUAAGAAUAUAGUAUUGUUUAAUUCAAAAUUAUCAAACAAUACAAAAAUCAAUGAAACAACAAUGAAAGUUAUUGAGGCAGAAAAAUCAAGAAUAUUGCCAGAUAAUAGUGUUUCAUUAAUUCAAUUUAAUAAUGAAUUUUUGAAAAAAAAUAAAGGAUCAAUAGGACAUUUAUUAGCAGGAGUAGA